AUCUCGCGCGAUUCGCAGUGAAGCGACCGGUUUGACCAGGGACAGACAAGCUCGACGGAUCUCUAGUCUCGCACUGUAUUCAGUGCUGCCGACGGAAGAACAUAUGUUUUAAAAGCAGGUGGCGCAGGCGCAGUGAACAUUUCCGCGCGACGUUACCUAGCCAUCUUUCCAGUCAAGCCAAAAGUGUAUUGUUUUUCAACCUUAGUCUUAUUUAACGGAACUUUUAUUAAUGUCAGAACCACAGUCCGCGCUUCUACUAAGAAAACAACUAGCAGAACUGAAUAAAAACCCAGUAGAAGGGUUUUCAGCAGGUCUAAUAGACGAUAAUGAUAUUUAUCGAUGGGAGGUGCUUAUCAUUGGACCUCCGGACACAUUGUACGAGGGUGGAUUCUUCAAAGCACAUUUACAGUUCCCGAAAGAAUACCCCCUAAGGCCACCACGUAUGAAAUUCAUAACAGAAAUAUGGCAUCCAAACAUUGAAAAAAAUGGUGAUGUAUGUAUAUCCAUCUUGCAUGAGCCUGGUGAUGAUAAGUGGGGCUAUGAAAAAGCGUCAGAACGAUGGCUACCAGUUCACACAGUGGAAACCAUUUUAAUCAGUGUGAUUAGCAUGCUUGCUGAUCCCAAUGAUGAAAGCCCUGCAAAUGUUGAUGCUGCUAAAGAAUGGCGAGAGAGUUAUACAGAAUUCAAGAGAAAGGUAGCUAGGUGUGUCAGAAAAAGUCAGGAAGAAUGUAUGUAGGGUAUGAAGAAAUAUUUACAUGGAAAGACUUAUUUAAUUCUGGGAAGCCAUAAGCACUGUAAAAAACCGUUAAGCAUAAAGCUAACAAACAACAGUGCCACCAAAAAAUGGACAAAGCCUGAAACUUAUCCUUUGCUAAGAGAAGCCAAGAGUUCAUAAACGAUUUUGUCGAGUCCUUUGGACCGCAAUUAUCCGACGUAUCGACAUCCCUCUGACUGGACAACUUAAAGCUGAAGGUCAUACACAGCUCACUUUUUUAAAAAAUUGCUAAAACAGAUAAGAAAAAUAAUUUACAACUAUUCAGAAUAUAAAAAAAUCAUCUGUACGAAUGCUAUCUUAAUAUUAGUAGCUAUUGUAAACUUAACGUCCCUCCAACUUACCUUUGCCCGAAUACUGUUUUCCAAAAUCUUUGCCCAAGAGUUUCCCUUGUUCUCAACCAUCUUCUAUACCCUUAAUCGUGUAAUUUAAAAAAAAAAUGAUUUGUUUACGUUUAUUACUCGAUAAUGAUUGCUUAGCGUCGUUUCGUAUUUUCUUACUUUCGUAUGAUAUAAAUAACUUUUUGUAAAUCGAAAAAACAAAGUGAAAAUAACAAUCGUUGAAUGUAAUGCCAGUGAUGAAAAAAUACAUACGAAUUACCACUACACGAUAAUAAUUAACAUAAACUAUAUGUCUGUCGAUGCAUCGUUCGUGACACAAAGGUACGCGAGUUUUUGUGCUAUUCUUGCUAAGAAUGUCAUACUGAACUAUUACCUAAAAAUAUAGAACACAUUAUAAUGAAUCUUUAUAGGGCAGUAACAGAAACAAACAAAAAUAUUUGUUGGUAACAGUUAAUGAUUUUUUUUUUAAUUUACUUUCUACAGAAAUAUAUGAAAUAACUUUAAUGUAUUUCAAAAUUUUUAUAUUUUUCUGUAGAAAUUUGCAAUAAGAAGUAAAGGAUAUUCUACAUUUUUA